AUGAUACCAACAAACUUCACUGUGACAGAGUUUGUGUUCCUGGGGCUCUCAUCUCAGCCAAAUAUACAGUUAGUUCUUUUUAUUAUGUUCUUAUUCUUCUAUUUAUUAACGGUGGCUGGGAAUGUUAUCAUCAUCACAAUUAUCCAGAUAGUACCUCAUCUUCAAACCCCCAUGUACUUUUUUCUCACCAAUUUGUCAUUUCUGGACAUCUGCUACACAUCCACCAAUGUACCACAAAUGCUAUCCAACAUGGUGGGGAAGAAGAAGACUAUCUCAUUCUCUGGCUGUGCUACUCAGAUGUACUUUUCCCUCUCCUUUGGAAUGAUUGAAUGUGUUCUCCUAGGUGUCAUGGCUUAUGAUAGAUAUGUAGCCAUUUGCUAUCCUCUCCAUUAUACUGUCAUUAUGGACCGGAGCACAUGUAUCCAACUGGUAGCCAUUUCUUGGUCUAGCAGCUUCCUCAGUUCCAUGAUUAUCAAUGUCUUCACCUUGAGUCUGCCCUAUUGUGGGCCCAAUAUACUGAAUCACUUUUUCUGUGAGGUCCCUACUAUCCUGAGGUUGGCUUGCACUGACACCUCACUUACUGAGUUGGUCAUUUUUGUCUUCAGUAUCAUCAUUGUCUUCAUUCCUUUCCUCCUCAUUGUUGUUUCCUAUGUCAGAAUCCUUCAGUCUGUCCUCAGGAUGCGGUCAGCCUCUGGGAGGCACAAAGCACUGUCCACUUGUGCGUCUCAUCUCACAGUGGUGGCCUUAUUCUAUGGAACCGCCAUCUUCAUGUACAUGAGACCUCAGUCAAAGUCCUCCCAGGCAGGAGGCAAGAUCAUUGCAGUGUUUUAUACUGUGGUCACACCCAUGCUCAACCCCUUAAUCUACAGCCUAAGGAACCAAGAUGUGAAAGAAGCCUUCAGGAGAGCUAUUGUAAAACAGAGGAUAUGA